UCCAGGGAUAUGCUAGUAAUGCGUUAAUGCAGUGUUUUAUUUUUACAAAAGUUCAAAUACUCUUACUUUGAAAAAACAGCUUUUCACUUCCUGGUCAAUUUAUUCAUGGUGCCUGCUUCUCAAAACAGCAGGGAUCAGGUAGUUUACAUUUUCAACUAGACGUUUUGUGGAAUAAAAUAAACAUCAUAUUCAGAACAAUACCAUGUCAGACACGGAGACAAAACCUUCAAGCGGAGAGGGGGGAGAGAAGAAGGAUGGAGAGUAUAUUAAACUGAAGGUUAUUGGCCAGGACAACAGUGAAAUUCAUUUCAAAGUGAAGAUGACGACACAUCUAAAGAAGCUAAAGGAAUCUUACAGCCAAAGACAGGGUGUACCCAUGAACUCUCUACGGUUUCUCUUCGAAGGACAGAGAAUCUCAGACAACCAAACCCCGAAAGAGCUUGGAAUGGAAGAUGAGGAUGUCAUCGAGGUUUAUCAGGAACAGACUGGUGGGCAUUGGAAUGAUUAGACUUGCUAUAUUUUUCUCAUUUUUUAUUAUUAUUUUUUUUAAAUGUAUUUUGCUUUUGUGUUUCAAACCAUCUGGAUCAUGCAAACUGUAUUGGGGCUUCCAUGUGUUUGGGCAAAUACAAUAGGAAAAGGGAUAGAUUUUUAAAGAGAAAAAAAUAUAUAGCUUAUCAUCACACAAUAGUCUACUCUCCCUCAUUUGCAAUGCAGGUUAACAUUGUAGUGUGAAUAGUGCCAUAGUCAAAUGUUCCAUCUUGAGAGAUGACAGAUUCGGGGGCUGUUCUCAACGCUGCCUGAUGUGGGCUGUAUAUCAGUCAUAUGUCACUGAUUGUCUACAGAUUUUCUUUUUUGUACCACAGAGAUGUUUUGUCUGAUAAAAAAAUUUGUCAUUUUCACCCCAAUGCCUCUUCACUGUACCGGGGUUUUUCAGAAUCUAUGACAUAUUUGCUUCUCUGUAAAUCAGAUGUGUUCAACUUCCCCUAAUGAAUGUCCGUCACAUUCUCAGACUCUGCUAGAUAUAUCUCUUUCAUACUCAAGGUUGGAAUAUACUAUCUCUAAAUGCUAAACCAUUGUUUUAAGAAGUUGUACAAUCUUAUUGUUGAUGGAUCUGGUCUAAUAAUAUUUAAAAAUGAAAUGUUUUUUUUUAAAUAAUAUCGCUGAAUGUGAUUAACGUGUACAUUUUGUAUCCAAUUUUGUGUAUGGUUUCUUUACUAUCUAUGUUCUAAAUUGUUGUUUUUAGUUCUGUAUUUGAAUUAUAAUACUCAAUUUAUUCAGGUCAUGCCAGUUAUACAUUACAGCUUUACUCUGUGCUAUCUCUGGCUUCUUCUUGGAUUUAAAUGCGUGUUUAGUGUUUGUGUGUCUCUAUGCCGAGAUAGGAAGUCUCGCUGUUUCGCACCACGACAGUGUCCACAAACAUAGUAUUGAUGUCAAUGCAACAGAUGGCUCCUAUUAAUGGAGACAUUGAUCCGGGUGGUUUGAAGCUAUAGGAUGCUAUUUUCUCUUCUUUUUAAUAAAAGUUUCAAUACAAA